UCAUCGGGCGGGUCAAAAUAUAUUCACUCCGUAAACAAAAAAAGAAAUCCGGGAAAUACGAAGUUGCAUCAAUUAACGAAUAAUAACAGGUAGUUACAGAUGGUCAGUAUGUACAGGCCGCUUAUUAGCAGAUUUCCGAAAGAAUGGCAAAGCAUCUUUGGUGUAUUGGCAUCAGAGGACCAAGCAAUAAAUACAGUUGAAGUUUGGCAUAAUGAAAUGACAUCUACGCAGUAUGGUGGUAUUGGGCAUUGGGCAUCUUUUAUUAUUGCUCUGUCAGAGGAUGAACCAUAUAUAAAUCCAGAUCGCUCUGUAAUACAUAUUCCGAGAAUUAGGAAGUUUUCUAUUCAACUACAAAGACAUAUUUUAACAUUUGUCUAUCGUCACAAAGAUGAAUUACCUCUGAAUGAAACAAAAAUUCUCAUAUCAAAACUCCAAAAUCAGAAAAUACAUGAUGAUAUCAUUAGAAUGAUUAUUGUGCGGAUGAAAAAUCACUUUGAACCUGAAUCUAAUGUGGAAAAUGACAAAAACAAUGGCAACAUAGAUAUAAUACAUCUGCCGAAACAUCACAUAUUUAGUGAGGAGAAUAAAGACUAUGCUGAGAAAUUGUUGAACAAGUUUAGGAGUAAUCAAGAAAAAAAUCCAUCAAUUUGGGGAGUGAGUUCACAGAAUGAUUCUCGAAAACAAGAUGAUAUGAUUGGUAUGAAUGCAACCAACAUGAGUGAUCUUGCACCAAUGGAUAUAAACACACCAAUAACAACACAAAUUGCAGAAGAUUCUAUGGAAACCCCAAGGAAAAAGAGCAGGAUCAGUGAAACAGAAGCGUUGAUGUCUAGUAGUGAGACAGUGGCCCAAACAUAUAAUAUCAUUCACCAGUCAUCUAAUGUCACUAAUCUAUCAUCUAAUAUCACUCACCAGCCAUCUAAUAUCACUCACCAGUCAUCUAAUAUCACUCCCCAGUCAUCUAAUAUACACCAGCCAUCAACUAUCACUUAUCAGUCAUCUAAUAUCAUUCACCAGUCAACGAAUAUCACUCACCAGCCAUCUACUAAUAUCUCUAGCCAGCUAUCUGAUAUCACUCACCAGCCAUCAAAUAUCACUUAUCAGUCAUCAAAUAUCAGUCACCAGCCAUCCACCAUCACCCAUCAUCUUAUGUCGCAGCCAUUGCCAAUAUCAGAAGGUCUUCCGGAGUAUUUGAUGGGUCCUGCAGCUAGACUGAAGGAAGUGUGGACUGGCAGUUUUACCUCAAAUAAUGAUGUCCCUCCUGAGGUGAACAUCUUCAAUCAGUGCAAUAAUGAACAGGUGUCUAAAUUAUGUGAAUAUUUAGAGCUACGCACAUUGAGUGAAGCUGCGAUCAUGACAGCAAGUCGCCAUGUUUGUGACAUCACACCAGAAAUAAGUCACAAUAAUUGUGUUGUAUUUCUACAAAGUUCUGUGUUCCCCAAAGUGAUAGAACUGACACAGAGUGCCUCUCGAAUACUCGUUGAUACCAUAGCCAUAUUUGUCAACAAGUACUCUCGGGCACUGAUAGAGGGAGUCAUUGUGCCUUCCAUCACGCAAGAUCAGGCAGAUAGUUUUCAAACUGAGCUUUUCUGCAAGGUGACUAAGGAGAUGUUGUCAUCGUCACAGAGACAGUUGCUAUUGGAGACAUUGAUCUGUGCAGGAUCUAUCUGGACAGAAUCAGUCAUCUUGUGUCUGCAGUCUAUACUUGAUGCAAACACUGAGUUGUCAGAGGUGCUGUUAAAUGGCUCUCUAACGUGUAUGGAGAGGUCAGCAUUCAAUAUGGCGGACAGUAAAAAAUUUGGCAAACUUACCCUUGCAAUCAUACAGAAGUUUUCUCAUAAGUUGACUACACAACACAAAGUUAGCCUGUCAAGGAUACUUGCUUGUCACAAAACAUUUCUUAAGAAAUCUGCAGAAGCCAGUCUUAAGAAGCUCAAUUAACGUAAAAGAGAUGCGGGAAUUUGAAGGAUUAUAGUGAUUAUACAAUGCAACAAAAUUGUGAAAGCGCUUGUUUGUAGUGAAAAAUUUAUCUCUGAGAAGGCAAUAAAUGUUUCAAACCUGAAGAUAAAUUUUUUUUACAUGCAUGUGUUAUUUAGAUCUUGGAUUCUUCUACUUUUUGUAUAUAUCCAAUUCAUUUCAGUAAGGAAGUAUCUCAAAAGUUUGAUGUAGGAUUACUUACUGUAUUUGAACAGUUAAUCCGUCAAAUCCCCCCCUCCCCCUCAUAACUGUCUUUGAGAAAUGUUGAUAUGCAUCAUUUCAAUGUAAUACAGUCAUUUUUGUAAUUUUUACAAUAAUAACGGUAAUUAACGAUGUUGGAAAGCUAACAUUUAAGGCGAAUGACCUUGCUGUUCAAAUACAGUUAAUUUUUGGACAUCUAUCUUUUGAAAUGCUCCCUAAUCAUUAGGUAUUGGUAUUAUAUAUUGGUAUUUUUCAUGUAGUAUUAUGUAUUCAAUAAUCAUUAGAGUUAUAUAUUUAGUAAUCAUUGAAUAUUUCAGUUUAUUUAUUAAUUAAUGUGGAGUUUAU